AUGCAUGUUGGAGAAAAGGAAGAGUUCAUAUUGAAAUGUAAUAGUCUUAAAUCCAUGUUUCCGUCAAGUAAUGAUGCUCAAGUGUGCAGUGACGAGGAUAAGAUUUCCGGUAUUGGUUUGAAGGGUUGGAUACCUCAAUUAUCUUGUUUGAAGGAUGCUGCUUAUUGGGUGUGGAAAUGUGUUCCUCAUCGGUAUGUUAACAAGAACUGUGGCACUGAGGAGAAGGAGAAGAACAACAGAAAUUUCUUGCAACUCAUGGCUUGGAACAAUGGUGGCCAAAUGAUGCAGAACUUUGGAAAAUCAUCUAUAGUGGAAAACUCGAAAAAAGAAGAAUUCAUAAUGAAAUUUAAUAGUCUGAAAUCCAUGAUUCCUUCAAGUAGCGAAGCUCAAGUGUGCAACAACGAAGGCAAGAUUUCAGAUGUUGGUUUGAGGGGUUGGAUACCUCAAUUAUCUUGCUUGAAGGAUGUUGCUUAUUGGCUGUGGAAAUGCAUUCCUCAUCAGUAUGUUAACAAGAACUGUGACAUUAAGGAGUAG